GUGGUGAAGAGGGGACAUUUGCUGAUGUAACACACAGGGAUGUAAUCGAAGAACAAAAGAAGACUUAAACAAAUCUUUGUUUUUAAUUUUAAGUUCAACGUUUGUACUAAACGCCAUGUUGAAACGGUUAACGGUUAUUUGGAAGAGGAGUUAGCACGCGGCUGACACGUCACCUUUCCCUUCGAAGAUGAUAUAUCAUAUUCCCUGGAUCUACACACCAGUGCGGACCGUCUUGGCAAUCUGGCACCAGCUGACUAAAACCGAGAUCACAGAGCUGACCAAGGGCUCUGUGAUGAUGAGAGAGCGCAGCAGAGUGGAGGACACCAUUUACUCCAUGCAGAAAGCAGGACCAGACAGCCUGCAGGUUAUCUCAGACUUUGACAUGACACUCACCAGAUUUUCUCACAAAGGGAAGAGAUUGCCCACCACCCACAAUAUCCUUAAUAACAGGUUGCUGAUAAAUGAAGACUCCACAAAAAAGAUGAAGGAGUUGUUGAACACAUAUUAUCCCAUAGAAAUUGAUCCAAGCCUCAGCCCUGAGGAGAAGCUGCCUUAUAUGGUGACGUGGUGGACAGAAGUCCAUGAGCUGCUGAUUCAGCAGAGGAUUAGAAAAGACAUGCUGGCCCAAGUUGUCAGGGAAUCCAGUGCCAUGCUCAGGGAAGGCUACAGAGUGUUUUUCGACUGCCUCGCUGAGCACCGGGUGCCUCUGUUGAUCUUCUCUGCCGGAGUCGCCGAUGUCCUGGAGGAGGUGAUCCGACAGAACGAUGUCUUCCAUCCAAACCUCCACAUCAUCUCCAACUACAUGGACUUUGACCACACUGGGGUCCUGCAAGCCUUCAAAGGCCAGCUGAUCCACUCGUACAACAAAAGGGACGGGGCUCUGUCCCACGCUACUGCCCUCAGAGAGCUGCAUGGUCGACCCAACGUGCUACUGCUGGGAGACUCUCUGGGAGACCUGAACAUGGCUGACGGCGUAUCCGAGGCUCAGAACAUCCUGACUGUCGGCUUCCUCAAUGACCAGGUGGAAGAAAGAAAAGAGUCGUACAUUAACUCGUUUGACAUCGUGCUUUUAAAAGACGAGACGAUGGACAUUCCAAAUGCGAUCCUGAGACAUAUCGUCUCGCCAGAGAUGGCAAGUAAGGUGCAGAGGAAGAAAUGAUGCAUUGACCUUGUUGCAUGCAGAAUGAUCUCACAUUUUAACCUCAAAUCACACCUCAAGAGUGAGCACACGAAUCUCACACUAUUUUUAUUUAUUUUGGCUUCCACUUGUCCUCAAUCAAAACUCGGGUUUCAAAAGGUACAAAGAUACUUCUUCUAGACUACCAGCCAUUUAUUUAUAUAUAUAUAUAUAUAUAUAUAUAUAUAUAUAUAUAUACACACACAUACAUCAAAAUGUCUUAUCCUUUAGUUGGAGCCAGGAUGUUAUGUUGUGAAUCUGUGUCAAACCUUGAACCUAGUAGCAUAUUUUCAUGUUCUUGGUAACUGCAAUUACUUGAUGUUCAGGUCUUAACAUUCUGACUGUAUAUAUUUUUGCUAUAUUCAAAGGAUGUAGCAAUGUUGCAAUCAGUGUUAAGCUCUUUGUGAAGCUGUACUUACAGAGACAAGCUUAAAUGUAAACAAUUACCUCGGCCACAGUAAAAUGGCAUUUUAAGACAGGUUCCUUUUAAGCACAAGGGAUAAUUCUUGAGCAUUGUUCCACAGUUGCUGCAACAAAACUAGAAUGCAGUAUUUUGGUUUGCAUUGCCAUCAUUUUUUAAGAUUGAUUUUAUGAAGUAGUUUAAGCUUCUUUGACUCUAAAAGAUAACAGGUGCUACCAGCAGCACAAACAAAUUCCUUGUAUGUCCAAAAACGUACUUGGCAAUAAAGCUUUUCUGAUUCUGAUAAGACACAGUGGUGGCAGCAUGAUGCUGUGCGGUUGCAUUUCUGGUGGAUGUUUGAGAGAAUGUUUGUCAAACUUCUAAAAAGACAUUUUUUACCAAAUUUUAUUACAACAUUCAGGGACAAAAAGGUGCUUGCUCUGUUUUUAGAAACCUAACAAAAAAAAAUCCUCCACAAUAGAUUGUGCUGCACUAUUGUCUUCUUAAAUACUGUAAGUAAUAAACUGUGACGCUGCGAAA